AUGGAACCACUUCCUUUAGAAAAUGAAGAUAAUCAAUUAAAUUCAAAUAAAUCAACAACAGUAUCGUCAAAAAAUUUUAGUAAUAUUUUUCAUAAUAAUAUACAUAAUAAAGAUGUAGUUGGAUUAACAGAUAUGUGUUUUUUAGAAAAUGUUGAAGAGAAUGAAUUAAUGAAUAAUUUACAAAAUAGAUUUAAUAAAGAUCAUAUUUAUACAUAUAUUGGUGAACAAGUUAUUAGUGUUAAUCCAUUCUCAAAUAAAGCAAAUAUCUAUACUGAACAAGUUUUAAAAUCUUAUCAAAAUAUGUACAUGUAUGAAGUUUCACCACAUAUUUAUGCUUUAGCUCAAGAUACUUAUAAAAAAUUAUUAUUAUCAAAAGAAUCACAAUGUGUUAUUAUAACUGGUGAAUCUGGUUCUGGUAAAACUGAAGCAUCAAAAAUAUUUUUAAAUUAUAUUUCAAAAGUUUGUAGUGGUAAUUUAGAAAAUAUUCAAGGUAUAAUGAGAUUAAUAAUUGAAUCAAAUAUUGUUUUGGAAUCAUUUGGUAACGCUAAAACAUUAAGAAAUGAUAAUUCAAGUAGAUUUGGUAAAUUUAUAGAGAUUGAGUUUGAUGGUAAAGGUUCGCCAAUCUCUGGAAAGAUAUCACAAUUUCUAUUGGAGAAAUCAAGAGUUCAUAGUAGAGCAAUUGGUGAAAGAAGUUUUCAUGUAUUUUAUCAAUUUCUAACUGAUAAAAGAAUAACCAGUAAAUUGGGAUUAUCAAAUGACCCAACUCAAUAUAAAUAUUUAAAAGAUUCAAUGUGUUUCUCAAUUUCAUCUAUUAACGAUUCAAAAGAUUUUCAAAAGGUUUUAGAAUCGCUAAAACAAUUAGCAUGGACAGAACAAGAGAUGGAAUCCAUAUGGAGAGUGUUGGGAGCAAUAUUGUUAAUUGGUAAUAUCGAAUUUUCAAAUGAUGUUGAAAAAUCAAAUGUGGACGCAGUCUAUAUCUCAACACCUGAAACUUUAAAGAAAGUUUCACAAUUAUUACAAUGCUCAGAGGAUAGUUUAGAGAAAUCAUUAAUUUCACGUUCAUUGACAUUGGGUGCAGGUAAAAGACAAUCAAGUAUUAAAGUAUUAUUAAAUCAAACUCAAGCUAAAGAAACUCGUGAUGCAUUUUCAAAAGUUUUAUAUGAUAGAUUAUUCACAUCAAUUAUUGAUAAAAUCAAUUCAACAAUAAGUUCAAAAAGUAAUAAUGGUAGCAAUUAUAUUAUUGAAUCAACAAUUGGUAUUUUAGAUAUUUAUGGAUUUGAAAUAUUUGAAAAUAAUAGUUUUGAACAAUUUAUUAUAAAUUAUUCAAAUGAAAAAUUACAACAACUUUUUAUAAAUUUAGUAUUACGUCAAGAGCAAGAAGAAUAUUUAAAAGAAGGAAUUGAAUGGAAAACUAUUGAUAACUAUUUCGAUAAUACACCAAUUAUUGAUUUAAUUGAAGGACAACCAGUUGGUUUAUUGAAACUUUUGGAAGAGGCAUGUUUGAUUGGUCAAUCUACACCAGAGUUAUUGAUUCAAAAGUUUAAUCAAUUCUUUUCAAAGAAUAAACAUUUCGAGUCUUUUGAAACAUCAAAUAAUUUAUCAAUUGAAAGUCAAAGUUUUACAUUGAAACAUUAUGCAUCACCUGUGACUUAUAAUUUGGAUAGUUUUAUUUACAAGAAUAAGGAUCCAUUAUAUCAAGAUUUAAUAUUCACAAUGGAGAGUAGUAAAGAUAAAUUCAUUCUUUCAUUAUUUAAUAAAGAUUUCCAAAAGAAUAGCUUGGGUGUAAAGAAAAUACCAAUCACUGCAGCAACACAGUUUAAAAAUGCAAUCAAUGAUUUAAUUGGUAAAUUGAAUACAUGUCAACCACAUUAUAUUCGUUGUAUAAAAUCUAAUGAAGAUAAACGUUCCAAUCAUUUCGAUUAUGAGGCUGUUAGACACCAAGUUAGAUAUUUAAAUAUGUUGGAAACCAUUCGUGUUCGUAAAGCAGGCUAUUGUCAUAAACAGCAUUACACUCGUUUCCUUGGUAGAUAUAAAAUGAUUUCAAAAGAAACUUGGCCAUUUUGGAAUGGUACACCAAAGGAUGGUGUAAUGGCAAUUGUUCGUGCUGCAAGUGCUAUUCAAAAUAGUACUAGUGAAUGUCAAUUUGGUAAGAAGAAAUUAUUUAUUAAAUCUGCAUCUACAUUAUUCCAUUUCGAAGAAUUACGUCAAAAGAUAUUACCAUCCAUAGUGAUCACCAUCCAAAGAGUAUGGAGAGGCUAUAAGGUACGUAAAUGGUACAAACAAGAGUUACAACGUUUAAGAGAGGAGAAAGAGGAGAUUCAAAAACAAAUCAAAAGAAAGAAUAGUGCAAAUUUAAUUCAAACUUAUUAUUUACGUUAUAAAGUUUUGACAUAUAUUAAAAAGUUAAAACCCUGGUCUGUAGGGCCACAUUAUAACAAGGGUCACAUCAUGCCAACACUUUGGUUACGUAGAACCCCAAUUGAUUCACUCAUGCAAUCGAUCCACAUUAUUUGGUGGGCAAAGGUUAAAGUCACCUCGCUAUCAAUGGAAGCACGUUCAUUGGUUCGUCAAAAGAUAUUAGCAUUGGAUUUGUUUGGUAUGGGUUAUUCUAGAAAGAAAGAAUGGGAUUGUCGUAGAAAAUUCCAAGCUGAUUAUCUAUCUGAUGAUAGUAAUCCAAAGAAAUCACAAUUCUCUGAAUCGGUUCAAGCAAUGUUUCAAAAAGGUGGCGAUAAAGAGAUCCUUUUCGCUGAUAAUGUAAUUAAAAUUAAUAAACGUGGUAAAUCUCAAUUAAGAUCACUCAUUAUCACCGAUCAACAUAUCUACAAAUACGAUACUAAAAAGUAUACUCAAAAAAAGGUGGGUCUUAAACUUCACUCAAUCGUCGCUCUUUCCACUAGUAAUAAAAAAGAUACCUUCUUGGCAAUUCAUUUCAAACAACCAAUUCGUGAUCUUUACAUUGAUCUUGGCUGUGAUUUCGUUGAAAAGGUCUCUGAGGUUUGUACAAAUUUAGUUCAACAAGUUUAUAAAUUAACUGGUACAACCAUACCUUUGGUUUUUCGUGAUCCUUUAACUUUUAACAAUAGUAGAGAUUCUCGUAAUAAUGGUACUGAUUUCGUUGUAAGUUUCUCUCAAUAUCCAAAAGGUAAAGAACAACGUCAAUCAACUUUUGUAAAAGGUAAAGGUAAUACUGCAAUUGUUUAUUAUAAUUUAGAUUAA